UUAGCUGUUUUCCAAUCUUAAUAAAAUUCUGUUAUAUGAAAUUUUCUUUAAAUUUACUUUUAUUUUUAGACCAACUACCACAAAUGCAAGUCUUCCUGUUAAUUUUACUGUUAUUUGAGUGUAUUUAUGCUUCCAAAGGAAUGGACAAUUUAACCAAUAUCACCAUAAAUCAAUCAUUUAUUAAUGAUUCUAAAGACAAGGGUAUAAUGGAAUUGUUUACUCAAAAUGAUACAAAUAAGACAGACGAUGAUUUAUUAGACAAUAAUCUUGAGGAAAUGAAUAAUGAGGAUGUAGACAACUCUACUCAUUCAAACUUUUCUAUUACAACCUUUUUGACAACAACAGGAGAUCCUGAUUUAAAUAAAUUAUCAAAGCAAACUCCAACUCUUCCAACAUUUUUGGAUACAAAUACAACGACUGAAACAAUUCCAAUAAAUAUCUCAUAUUCUUCUUCAUUAUUAUUGGAAAAUUCUACUAACGUGGUUGAAGUAGAAUAUAAUGGGUGUGAUUGCCCAAUGAUUGAUACAAACGAUUUUGAAAUUGGGGCAAUUAUUGGUGCAGUUAUAGCCGGUGGAAUAUUUUUUGUUAUAAUGUUGGUACGUAUUUGCUUGAAAAAACGUCAGGAAGUUGGUCCAGGCAUUCGUUGUUUCUUUUGCCUUUGA